AUGGAUGAAAACGAGACAAUUUGUGAGUAUUUUCAUUCAACAGAAGCAGUCACGGCACUUUGGGUUGAUGUAAGUUGUUUUUAAUUGAAUUUUGUAAUUAGCUCAAAUUUUUGCAGGGUCCCCUCACGUGUUUUAGCGCUCUUAUUUCAACAAUUGGAACUGGUUACGCAAUCAGAUUUUUACGUGAAACUCGAUUAAAUGAAAAUAUGGCAGCCGCAUUAUAUUCGCUUUGUGUUGUUGAUUUUUUGGUGAUGAUGACUCAAGUGUUAUUUUUGAGUGUUGAAGCAACAAGCAUUUUAUUCACAGGUGCCAAUUUAAUGUAUAAUAAACAAAAUUGGAUAUUGGUUUUAUAUGGAAUGAGAAAUAGUUUGGUUAUGUGCUCAACAAUGUUAGUUAUUUAUAUAACUUAUAUUCGAUUUCGUGUUGUCACACAUCCAUUGAAAUUUGCGUCGAGUUAUAAUCGAUCUCGACGUUGCAAAUCAGUGUCCAAACUUGGCAAUCAAAAUUCUUCUGAUAUAUCAAAAUGUUCACUUUCCUAUCCAUCAGAAGUCAACUAUGAUUAUCAAAUUAUGUCAACAAAAUCACACUACUCUAUAAAUUUUCGAAAAUCCGUGAAACCUUUUGGAAUUCCAGUUCUUAUUAUAAUAGGAUGUUUUCUCUUCCAUAGUACCUGUUAUAUGGAAUUUACAUUGAUUGAUUGCUACGAUGUUGUGCAUUCAGAAUGGUCUAUGAAAUUAUAUGCAACUACACUUAAAUUGAAUGAUGUGGUUAGUUUUAUGAAGUUUUUUGAGACAGCGCCGUUUUUGGCGCAGGUGUCUAAAUUAAUAAAAACGUAGAACAUAAAUCAGAAUAUAACUUCGUUAUCACUAAAAAGUAAAUAAUAACCUAAUGUUUCUUUUUUUCAGUAUCAAAAAACAAAAGCGGCAUUCACAUCAUUGACUGAAACAAUUGGACCAAUGGUUGUAAUCGCUGGUCUCUCACUUUUCACUGAAUAUCGAAUUCACGUAAAUGUUCAAAUGAGAAAACAAUUAUUCGAAAGUCAGCAAAGAAAUCGAGAAUCUGAUGAUUUGAAGGAUAAAGUUUCAAAAGCUUUGGCUGUUUUCAUUGUCAUCAAAUUUCUCAUAUUCCGAUCGUUGCCAACAUUCAUUGAUUGUUAUGCUCUUCGAGUUCCUCCUGAUGAAUUUGGACCAUUUAUGUCUGCACUAACAAGAACUUCGGAUUUUUUAGUGGUUUCGAAUUCGGCGACAAAUACCUUUGCGUAUUUUGGAAAGGAUUCGUUUGAAAAGUGAGUGAGCUUUGAGCGUUCAAAAAAUUAUGAAAAAAAAACAUUUUUAUUGAACAUUUGAGAAAUUUCAAAAAAUUCUUUAAGAAGGUUUUUUGUGUGAAAUUUGUUUACUGGCCAAAGUUCGAAGAAAAAAUGAUUUUCAAUUUCAAUGUUGAUAUUAAAAGGUCAAACUUUGUCAGAAACUGAAAUUUCUCGAAAAUGUCAUUUUUGAGAAAAAAUUACCCAAACCAAAACUUUAAUCUUUGAUAACAUCACAGACUCAUGUCUCAAAAAUAAUACCAACCAUUUCCCAAUUCACCUGCUCCUGAAUUCAUAAACUUUCAAACUUUUCCAGAUGCUUCCAAUGGUUCGAAGUGCGUUUUUGUACACAUAUCUGGCCGCCUCCAAAAGAUGAACCGGUUCUAGUUUGA